CAGUCAUUAGAUGGCGAUCAUCAGCUGCAAGUGGAGAAGGCCUACACGCUCGAGUCAUUGCCGAUUCAAGCAGCUUACUACCCGCCCGAAAGUAUGAAGUGCUGGCCUCAUUUAAAGGGUGUACAUUUCCAGAAAAUCCAAAAUAAAACUGUUGAUCUGCUGAUUGGCACGAACACUCCGGAAGCGCAUUGGGUGCAAGAUCAACGUAUCGGAAAUUCCCGACAACCGUACGCAUUGAAAACAAUUCUAGGAUGGGUACUGCUCGGGCCUGCGAGAGAGGAUCGGUCUGCAGCAAGAUCUGUCAACUGUCUAGCUACGGAGGAAACGAUGCAGUCGCAAAUUGCCAAACUCUUUGAAAUCGAAUUCGGUGAGGAUAACCAAGGAGUUGAUCUGGCGAACUCCCAGGAGGACAAGUUGGCCCUAGAAUCCGUUCGAAGUUCCGCAACUGUCGUGGAGAAUCAUUAUCAACUUCGUUUACCUUGGAAGAGAAACUGGCGCGAGAUACCCUUUAAUCGAUACCUGGCAGAGAAAAGAUUAAAUCACCUGCGAGUACGCCUCGAAAGAGAUCCGAAUCUGUCGCGUAAAUACGCCGAAAUAAUGGAA